CAAACGAUAUUUCGUAGUCCUGUGUGUCGCUGCUCAUUAAUCAACACUCUGGAGUUUAUUAAGUAUAUCCAGCCAUACAUUUAUAACUCUCUCCCUAACGAAUGAAUACAUUCUACCAGGUAACGACACGGCACAAAACUUGGUGUAUUCGCCGAUAGCAGUGUUUGAGGGAGUCGCGGAUUACAGCAAAUAUUUGUUUCAACCAACAAAAACUAGGAAUCAACCUGUGCCUAUCUGAACCCGCGUUUCUUGUUAUUGGUAUUUACUGACAGACAAAAGCCGUCUCGUACGUUGCCAUGCUCACUACAAAUUGACAGAAGAGACUCCCAUAGCAGUCACUGUAAUUAUGGACGUACAUGAAUAUCGGCAUAGAGGUAAAGAAGUUGUGGAUUUCAUCUCGGAGUACCUGAACACGAUAAGAUCACGACGUACGUUUCCUGAUGUACAACCGGGUUAUAUGAACAAACUAGUGCCAGAAAAAGCACCAGAGGAGCCUGAAAAAUGGGAAGACAUCUUCCAAGACGUGGAGCGUGUCAUUUUACCAGGGGUGACUCACUGGCAAAGUCCCCAUAUGCACGCCUACUUCCCUGCUCUUAAUAGCUUCCCUUCAUUGCUGGGUGAUAUGGUAGCUGAUGCUAUCAGCUGUCUGGGCUUCACAUGGGCAUCAAGCCCUGCUUGUACGGAACUUGAAAUCAUUGUCAUGGAUUGGCUUGCUGCAAUGAUCGGCUUACCUGCAAGCUUUAUGCAUCGAAACCAAGACGGCAAAGGUGGUGGCGUCUUACAGGGGACAAUGAGUGAGGCGACACUGGUAGCAAUGUUUGCUGCUCGCUACCGGUCUAUCCGCACACAUAGAGAAUUGAUGCAGAACUCAGCCGAUGACGUCAGUGAUGGAACCAUCUGUUCGCGUCUUGUUGUGUACUGUUCAGAUCAGGCCCAUUCGUCAGUGGAAAAGAACGCCCUGAUCACUCUUGUGAAACUACGACGUCUUCAAACAGAUGACUCUUACAGUUUACGUGAGAACACACUUCGCAAAGCCAUACAAGAAGAUAAACAAAAUGGCCUCAUUCCUUUCUUUGUAUGCGCUACGCUCGGAACAACAGGUGUAUGUGCGUUUGAUAACCUAGAAGAGAUCGGUGAAGUAUGUGAAGAAUAUGGGAUAUGGUUACACGUGGACGCUGCAUACGCAGGGACUGCGUUCCUAUGUCCCGAAUACCGUCAUCAUUUGAAAGGAGUUGAAAAGGCAGACACUUUUGCUUUCAACCCAAGCAAAUGGAUGAUGGUUCAUUUUGAUUGCACUGCCAUGUGGGUAAAAGAUAGGGAAAUAUUGGAGAAAACAUUUUGUGUUAAUCCUUUGUAUCUUAAACAUGAAAAACAAGGGAUUGCCAUCGAUUUCAUGAAUUGGCAGAUACCUUUGAGUCGUCGCUUCCGUUCCAUAAAGUUAUGGUUUGUCAUUAGGUCAUUCGGUAUCAAAGGACUUCAAGAGCACGUACGAAAGGGUGUUCGUCUGGCAAAAUACUUCGAAACGCUUUUGCGAUCAGAAGCAAUGUUUGAGAUUCCUGUGGAUUGCAAUUUGAGUCUAGUUGUUUUCCGACUCAAGGGGAAGAAUUUCCUAACGGAGGAGUUGUUACGUCGACUCAAUGGAAGCGGUAAACUUUACGUUGUACCAGCGGCUAUAAACAACCUUUACGUGAUCAGGUUCACUGUAACAUCUCUGAGUACUACAAUGGAUGAUAUACUGAACGACUGGCGACUCAUCUGCACCACAGGGAAAGCAGUUCUGCGGAGUGUAAGUCCACUGAGGCGUCGUCUUGCAUCAUGGCCUGAAGCAGCAGUAUUUGAAGCAAGGCCAGAUGUGUACAUGGCUUUGUAUUCGGAAUCCAAGAUGGCGGCAUUGUCAAUACCAGAAGGUGAUGGCUACUCAAGUGAUACUGACGGAGUGGAUCCAAAGAAGAGUCCAAGCCGCUUCCCUCGUAAACCAUUUAUCAAGGCCGACAAAUUAUCCCCUGAAUCCAGUUACAAAUCACAAGAAAGUAUCAAUGGUUCAGAAUUGAGCGGUGUGAUGACCAACGGUCAUUCUUCCAAUCUUGACGAUAUUGAAAGCGAUGACGAAGUGUUUGGUCACAUUACCAAAGAUCCACCACAGGAUUGCUCUUUACUGCAGAUAAAUGGUUUAUCAGCUGGCUUCUCAAAACGUGCCGUCAUCAAGCCGCAUAAAUCCCAAGGCAAUGGAACCAGUGGCAUUGACAUCGGUCGUCAGGAGAAGCCAGCUGAUUUGUCAGUUGCCAGUAGAGGGCGUUUUGGUGCUCUUAGUGUCACUAAAGAAAGUACGUACACUGGGGUUGUGAAUACUUGUCAUUGUUCAGCCAAACCAGACCAUAAUGAGUCUGCUGAUAAGUAGACCAUACAGUAGCAAAACCACCGCAGUUGGCAAACAUGUGUCUAUAAAAAGGCUGUUUGCAAAACUUUACACGCUCUGUUUCUACUGAAACCUAUAUGCAUGACCUUUUAAGCAACAUUUCGGUAUUUUCGGAACUCGUUUCUCGUCUGAUAAUAGUUAAAGAAAUUAACAAUAAAAAUAAUAUUAAUAAUGGUGCAGGUUGAUAACAAGUUGGUAAUUGUUUGGAUUGAUAUGAACACUAUGUUUCAAAGCUAUUUUAAGAAGUACUUGAGCGAAUUUGUUAAUUACGAGAAUGCUAUUCUUUUUACAUUGUGUUUGUUUACCAUUUAAAUUAAAUGUUGAUAUUUGUACACUUGUGAAUUUUUCGUUAGCAUCAACUAAAAAAUCAGGCCCCAACCUCAAGGUUUUGAAAAAAAUAAAAACUCUUUGACGUCAUGUGUGGGUGUUUGCUUUGUUAUACCUCAACGCUACAACAAAGCGGCUUCACAAAUUGGGGCUCCCACAUAAUAAUAUGACCUAAUAAACCUGAUGACGUAACGGAGCUUUUCGCGAAUCUUUUAGAAAAGCAAUUGAUAAGGGUAUUACUUUUUUACACAAUUUAAAGUUACAUUUACUAAUAAAUGUCUCAAUUUUGUUAUUGAUUGAUGACAUUUUAAACUUGCCAUUUUCGUUCGAGUAUGUAUUUUACAGCUCAUUAUGCCACCAUUAAUAUAGUGAAACAAAUUGUUUUCAAAACAUAAACAAAACUAAGUUGUUAUGGCUCGUUGAUAUAGGAUAUACAGUAGUUAUCGUCAUAUAUAGUUGGAACGAAUCUUUCCACAAACAGAUGCAAUACUAUUUCUUUCGUGCAAUUGGGAUCAAUGAGAUUGUAACUAACUUUUUUGUUUUACGACAUAAACAAAAGACUUGAAAAGGAACGGCAUUUCGUUAAAUUUUGUAAACUGUAUAGGGCCUACAAACUUUAUAUUUACAUUAUUAUUUAAGUCUUGAGGUUGAUACGGAAUCAACAGUUUGAAACUUCGGCGAUACACUUCAACGUAUGUUGUUUAGGAAGUAGCGUCAUGUUUUCUGCAUACAUUAUACUUUAAUAAACUUAUUUUUUAACUGUUAUAAUUAAAAUCACUUGAUGUGAACAGUGAGGCACUUAAUACGUAUUCUUAUGAGGAAAUUGCAUUGAAGAAACUGAGUAACUGAUUGUUGGACUGUACAGAAAGUGUUCAUAUGAAAGGGAUACGUAGCUUAAACCAGAAUGAAGAACCCUUAUUAAGUAAAUCAAUAAUACUUCAUUUGUGUGAUGUCUGCAAUGUAUGUGAUUAUAUUUAAAAUGUCAAAGUUUUCGGUAAGAUAUGUCUUGAAAUAUCUUAUCUUUAGUCGCAUGUAAGUUUAUGAUAAGUAACACUUGUUUAAUAUAAUAUGUAUUUAUUUUUGGGCAGGAUAAAAACUUAUAUCUA